AUGAAGGUCUUUGGAGUUUGUCGGAAGCUCGUGUUAUUUGCCUCUGCUGGUGCUGAAGUGAACAACACUCGUAAGGCAAGAAUGAAGACAUCUACAAUGAGCCGAAAAUAUGAAACUACGGAUUACUGUGGUUAUGAAUUUGAUUACCAAACACAUGUUAUCCAGUUCUUGGAAGAACCAAGAAAGAAUGGAUUCAAUGGGAAUUUUAUUUCUGCACCUCUUGAAGAAGUUGGAAAGAAAAAAUUAGACGAGGAGAAAAGGAACAAGAAAUCCUGGAAAAGUUCCUUAUUUUCCUGGUUGAGAACUGACAAUAGAAAUGGCACCACCAUUUCUAAACUGGGACGAUGCCGAACUGGAGGUGGCAUUACUGGUGGACUCUGUGCCCCUAGGCUGACAUUGGGACAUCUCAUCGGUCUUUUCAACUUAACAAAGCGAGUCAAGGAUGAGGUGCUCUACAUGUCUCUUGGCCAGCUUAAUAAUCCCCAAGAUGUUCAGUCUUAUGGACCUGUUUACUUGGUUAUGAAAAGAAAGCACAACUCAUUACUGUCGGAUAAAAAUGUAGUUCCCAAGUUUGUAGCAAGUAAAGGAACCUCUGCUUGCCUAUCUUAUACAGGGUACCAUAUUUUGGAUAGCCAAGCUAUCCCGGCUAUUCCAAAUGUAGGAUCUCAUCCACGUUUUAUUAGAGGAUUGGGGUCUACAUCAAUUAUAAGAACAGAUGACGUUCAAUAG